CUUUCCUUAUUUCGAUACUCGCUUAAUCAAGAGAGAAGAUCAACCGUGUCGAGAGAAACUUGACCGAUCCGUUAGAAGUUAAAGGCUGCUGCACACUGCCAUGGGACCACGACCGAUCAUGGUUCCUUUCCGAUCGUUGUACGCGCGCCGAACGAGGGUGCGGUGAAGUGACUCCGGAGGAACGCGGCAGACAACGACAGGACAAUCUCGGCCGACGAUUUCCAGGCCGAGGGGGUGAGACAGAUAUGGAUGACAACCCGAGGAACGGCCUGCAGGCCGACCAGUGGCGCCCAAUGUUCGAGAAGGGAGAAAAGAGAGCGAACACGCUGGGCAGCGGAGCGUUCAGGUUCAUCCGCACGCGUAGUAGUAUCCGGCGGGAACUGAAGAGGCAGUGCAACAGAAGUAAAAACGGCGACAACCCGAUGGUCCAGGAGGCUGGGAACGGUAACAGCGGCGGAGGAUUGGGCAAAUGGCUCCGCGAACAUUUGGGCGGUGGCUCGAAGGGCCAAGGCCAGGAUGCGUCCUCUCCGCUGAAAACGAACACCGGCAGCAUCGUUGGCAAUUCUGGAAACGAGAAACCCUGCGGCAGGACCGUGUACACGUCGCAAAACCUUUACUGCAGCCUGCCGAGGGAACACGGCCGCCAUCAUGCUUACAAUGCCGCUCGGAAGACCGGCCACGAGAAUUCUGUGAAGCCUCAAGGUUACGAUCGACAACGAUGCGCCAGCGUGAACCAUCACGAGAAGACCACCUUGAGCGACCUUGGUACCCUGACGAGAGGCGGGCCGAUCUACGGCAGCGAGGGGAAGACACCGAAGAAACGAAAUCGCGAUCGACGAAGGCAUUCCUUGAACGAGACUCACGAGCACAGCCGCCAACGACGCAGAAGGUGUAUCCCGGAUGGCGGGGACGUUGGUUACACGAUGACGGAACUGCAACCGUCGCCGCCGGGAUAUCGAGUCCAGGAUGAGGCCCCGGGCCCACCUUCCUGUCCUCCGGGCCCUUACAAGUACGCGAGUCACGGCCACGGCAGCGAGCCUGCCAAUUUCAAGAGUGCCUCGUCGUAUCCUCAGGAAGGCUAUGGCCUUAAGCAGAGUCCGUCUCGGACGGUGCCUUCUAACGAGUACUAUCGGCGCAGAAACGACGGCAGGAGGUCCGCGGAGAACGAGCACGAGGCUGGCAACGCGGCCAAGAAAGCCACGGUUGCCGGUUACAACGAAAGUCACAAGAAGAAUACUGCGGGUUAUAAGAACGACAGCGGGUACAGCGAGAGCCUCGGAUUCGACAGCUACACGCUUCCUCUCAAUGAAAGAGACGAAGCGUCGCCACCACCAACGCCACCGGUCAGAGACGCGUCCAGCCUCAAAGGGGUCUGCUAUGGACCCGGACACGAGAAGUAUCCGUCGUGGCCGAGCGCGCCGGAGAGACACCCCGACGAGGACGUUCACGGUUCCGGGCACAGCGGAUCCCAUCGUUCCAAGUCCUGGACCGAUCACACCAAUUACCCGAAGGAAAAGCCUGCUCAAUACACCAGACCGCACACGAAGAGGCCCAAUCCCACGUUCACGCAGCAGCUGAAGACGGUGAUGGAGCGAUGCGAGAAGAUCCCGGCGGAGACGUUCGAGUCGCGCAACAGAAGCAACGUGGAAGAGGAACCGAGAUUGUGGCCUCGCGUGGAUCGCGAGGGUAAAGCUCUAGGUGACGCGGAAUACGUGGUACCAUCGCCUCCUGAACGCGAGCAACAAACCGCUCAGACCCUCAGCCAUGCCGAUCUGGAGGCCUACGUUAGGAGUUACCAAGAUCCGCAAGUGUCCCAGGUGGACAUUUACAGGGAAGGAACCCUAACGCAAGCAGGCCUCGAAGAGUACACGAGGGUGCAACAUUCUCAGCAGGCCAGCUACGCACAAUCCGAAGGUUAUCACAGCUACGUGUCCAGUGUAGACUCCACGACAAACACACCGUUCCUCGAUAGAUUGAGAAGAGACAGCGAGGCUGUGGCCCAGAGACCAACCUCAACCUGGGAGGAUACCUCGAGGGAAGGAAGAGACAGCGUGGUGACCACAUCGAGCGGAAGUGCCUCCAGCAGCGAGACCCUGAAAUGGCACGGUUCCAUGUCGGACGUCAGCGUAUCGAGCGGUUUACCAGCGAGACAGGGGGCGUCGGAUCGAUGGCACCACGGUUCGAUGUCGGACGUUAGCAGCGUGAACGGUGGAAUUUUGUCACAGAAGGCGAACAACGGGUGUCACGAUAAAUGGCAAGGUUCCAUGAGCGACGUCAGCAGCAACGGUCUUUCGCCAACCACUAAGGGCAGACACAACGAGAAAUGGCCGGACAAGUGGCAAGUUUCGAUGAACGAUCGCAAUAAACAAAGCCAGGGCAGACCUAGCUUACCGGCUGUGAUCAAUCAUUGCAACGCAUCGACCAACGUGACCGAUGUUUCGUCGUCGGUACGAGAAAGCAAAUGGCAGGAGUCGAGUAUCGACGAGGAAUCGUUGGUGGAUAAAACGCAGAGCAAUUCUCAGUGGGAUAAUUCGGCGAGGAUCGAGGCUGAUAAAUAUGGAUCUCUGGCUCAGCCGAUGCCGCAAAGUCCGAUACGUCAACAGAUUGGCCCAACGACGCCUCAGAGUCCCGAGAAUUGGAAUCCGAUUCAUGGAUCGAUGUCGGAUGUUAGCCAAGCGAACGGACUUCCGUGUAGCAAACAGCUGAUCGCCCAUAGCGCCAGAGUACAGACCCCGCAGAGACAUCAUUCGGAAAGUGUGCUUUAUUUGGAUCGAGAAAGGAAUCAACGCAAGUUGUAUCCGGUCAGCACGACGCAACCUCAGGAGUCUACGCAGUCUUCAAGAAUGGCGUCAGCAUUGCCCCAGCAACCACAAAUGUCGGUAGCAGAGCGUAUAAACGAACUAGAGAAGCAACAGCAGCAGCAGCAACAACAGCAACAAAUGCGCUACACAUAUUUGGAUCCAGAAAAGCGUCACAGAGUUUCCGAUCCUACUCUAAAGGCCAUACAGAAGAAAGCGUUGCUCUCUUUCUACGAAAGACACCAUCAAGCAUCCUGGCGUUCCGAGCCACAGUUGGCCCAAGGAGCAGCUCCCGCGCCUCAAAGCCCGCCCCCGCAGCCACCCCCUCGACCUAGACCACCGUCUUCGAGACGAGCCAGCUCUGCUUCCGAUUACGCCAGUGGUACCUGGAGGGAAAACGGUAACAGAAAUCAGAAUCAAGGCAACGGCGAACUUUCGAGUCCCAAGCAUCAGCACAGCAACAGUUGCGGAAGUUUGUCCACGGAUUUAUUGGGCCCAGUGAUAGUCGGACCAGCUAUAUCCAUCGACGAUUGGGUGCCCGAGAGACCGCCCAAGAAACCUCACCUUAGAAACGUUUACAACGAUCGCGUACCUAGCCCCGAUCUGCCUCCACCUUCUCCCCCAACGGUGACGGAAAACGAGGUUCACGACUGCGACGACCCACUGCCACCUCCGCCACCGGAACUAAGCGACGAUUGCUUCGCGGAAAACCAACGCAAACCUGGUAACGCGCACCAUCAGCCGGACGAGUCGAAGGUCCGUGAACGAUCCUGCGACAGACACAAGCUGGAGCGACACUCUAUGAGAAGAUCGAAGCACGGUGCUAAGAGAGAGCACGAGAAAUCCUCUGGGAAAUCGUCGCCCAAUUCACCCACGAAAACCGUGUCCCAGGAACAGGAACAGCAUCAGUUCGUAAGGUCUGCCAUAGCACUGAAACACGUAGACUCUGAAAUGGUGCUGGAGAACGGUGUAUCUGCCGGAUUCGCUACUCAUAGAAUGGUAGCUACCGGUCGAUCUAGUUUAAGAUACCCGUCGACGCAAAAGCUGAUGGUAAACGGUAGAGUAACGCCAGCGAGAAGAAUCUCGGAAGAACGAAAUUUCCCGAACAGACCACCCGCUCAGCUACCUGAUCUGAUCUCGCAACGAUACAGCGAUUCGGGGAAUCAGAGACCCGCUCCUCAGGUCCCUGUCGAGCCAAGAAUCAUCCGUCAGGAAUCCAUGAGAGUGGACGGUACGCGGAUAGAUGUCUCUGGCUUGAUUAGAAACGACUCUGCUCAGAGAUUAGAAUCGUCCUCUGGUCAAAGACCGCAACCACAAGUGCCUAAAAGUAUCGAUAAGAGUGCCACGAAUAAUCAGUCGAAUCCGUCGACCAGACCGAAUUAUCUGCCCGUAACAGAGAAUUCAAAGUGCGCCACCAAAUAUUUGGAGGGUGGAAAUCACGGAUUCACGAUCGGUAGUCCGGUGAAGACCGGCUACGAAGCCAAUUCAAAGAUGUUCCCAGCCGAAUCGAGUCCGCAGAAGUAUCACGAGCCACCGAAGUACGUGCCGAAUCAUCACCAACGUCACGGAGACGCGACACAAAGGAAUUAUUACGCGUUGCCACCGAAGUACAUCGAUGCACCGAAACAAAAGCCUCAACCCCAGUGUCCUACGGAUAGAUACGGUGGUUCCGGAUCGCCCAGUUCUCCACCUCCCCCUUUGGCGCCGCGACAAAAUACGCCAGGAAGAAAAUCGUUGCCACCCCCGCCUCGACCGGCUCCUCCUCACCCACUUCAAGGGAGCCAAUCGAAAGCCUCUUACUUGGCUUACCGACGGGAACGAGGAGCUCCAGACAGCGAGGGUAGUUACAAGCGAACGAUGUCACCUACGUCUCGGUUAGAGGACUGGCCACCGCCGCGGGACCACGACGAUCCGGUUCUUUUACGCGUCACGCCUCAUCAUCCGUUGCAGCACCAUCACCAUCACCAUCACAACAAUCACCAUUCGCAACAGGCCGAGCUAUCGAAGUCGCACAGCGUGGACGCUCUUCAUCAUCGUCUGGAAGAACGGUCUAACCAACAACAACAGCAACAACAACAGCAACAACACACGGCCGAGGUGAUCGGAAAGUUGUCGCACGAUUUGAACAAGAAACUUCAAGCUAGCGAGGCUAGAUCGCGAACCAGCGAGAAUAAUAAUAACGAUAACCUGGAGGAUCGACAUCAGCAUCACCACCAUCAUCAUCAUCAUCAGCAACAUCAAGAGAAGAGGCACGAUUAUGAGCAACGUAGGGAACGGCUGUCGCCCCAGAGCGUCGAGGUCCUUAACGACAGGAACCGACAGCUGGAGCGUGAACGCAGGAAGCUGGCGGCCAGUUGCGAGCCCCUACCUCACAACAGAGAGAAACAGUCCCGAAGCAUGGAUGCACCAUCGUCGGUCGUCGAAGAGGACUUUUUCCGUGAACGAAGCGCCACCAUCGAAAUGACCUCGCAGAAUAUUGAACUUCUGAACCGUCGUAACGAGAAAAGAACGAACGUUACUUCGACGUCUACCGCCACGAUCACCACUUGUAUCACCACAUCGUCCACGUCCACGACGAUGACGAUCGCGACGGAUAAUUGUUGGUCGCGUGGACAAGAGGCGUUACCCUUUUCGGACAAACCACCACCACCUGUCAGCUCACCCCCCAGGUCACCGUCAGAUCAGGUGGAAGCGGACAGUCCAAGGGGCGCGGUUCCCAGACGAUCCGGAAGUUGUUCCAGUUCCUCUUCGUCCGGUAGAUCGUCGGAUCCUCGCGUUUCACCGCGAAAUUUGUCCAACAGCUUGUCGAAAAUCGAAAGCUCCUCCAAUAACAGGAAGGUCUGUAGUCCGACUCAAACGGACAAUACCGGUUCCUCGAACGAGAUCGAGUUAAGAGUCGACAGGUCAUCCUCGUCGACUCAAAAGUCCCGAGCUGGGGGCAGGUCUUCGUCGUCAUCGAUCUCUAGCAUUUCGAAAGCUUCCUCCUCGUCGUCAGCGAGGAACUCACCGGUGGAAGAGGACAAGUCGUCAGCAGCGUCUCCAUGCGUGUCGCCGCAGCCGGGAAUAGAAGGACUCACCCUGGUGCAACGAACCGAAGUGGUUCUUCGAGUUAACGCGACCACCAGCGACGCCGCGUCGCAGACCGACAUCUUGGAGCCAGUCGAACAACCUGAAAGUAUCGCCAAGGGCCAAGAGAUUCCUCUCUGCAGGAAGAAACUACCCGAGGAAAUCGAGUGCGAGGAACUUGGCCGGGAUUUGGCGAGCCAACUUAGUCCUAAUGACAAGCUGGUGCCUCUUCUAGUUCCAGCACCGGAGCACAAGAAGCCCACCGACUACGUUUCCGGUCUGUUCAGGUUGGAGGCGACCUUGCAGCCGAGACCAAGGCGCCGACUCUCUCUGGAGGAGCCGACGACCCCGUGUUCGGAAAACGGGUCUGACGAGGAGAAAAAGCCAGAGACGAUACCAUCCGCACCGGUGACUCCGUUGUCGACAGACUCCACCAGUCCUUUGUCUCCGACCUCGGCGUACUUUACCACGUCCGAAGGGAAAGCAAGGUUCCUGGCGAGAUACUCGCGUGACUCGACGGUCGAAAGUUUGACUCGUCAAGAGGAUGAGCCGCCGGUCAUUCCGACCGACAGCCUUGAUCUCAGACAGAAAAAGGAGGAGCUGAUGAUGAGGCUGGACAAGAAACUGGUAGUCCUCAGGGCCGAACAAGAGGCGGUGAGGGAAGAGGGUGAGGUGAACGAAGCCCUAGGGGCGCGAGUCUCUACGCGGAUAUCUGCGGUCGCUCGACCCGCGGAAGCGUCAAAGUACCGUCUUCACGUGGAGGAAGUCGGCAAGAUCACGAGUCUUCUUCUCGGGCUGAGCGGCAGGCUGGCUCGAGCGGAAAACGCCCUCUACGGAAUGCCGGCUGAUCACGCUGAAAGGAAAAUCUUAGAAAGCAAGAGGGACAAGUUGAUGGAUCAGCUGGAGGAAGCGAAGGUUCUGAAAAGCAACAUCGACAAACGUAGCGUGAACGUGUCCACGAUUCUGUCGAAGUACCUGAACGAAGAAGAGUUCGCGGACUAUCAGCACUUCAUCAACAUGAAGGCAAAGCUAAUCGUGGACGGUCGUGAGAUUCAGGACAAGGUGAAGCUCGGAGAAGAGCAACUGGCUGCUCUGAAAGAAGCGAUCGACUAGUCGUAACAACGAACUGAUCGCAUAAGAAAAGCGUGUGUCCACGCUGAUAGAAUAUCUGAACUGCACGCGGACAGACACGCGUGUCGUUCAAGUCCUUUUGAUCGUGAUUCGACGACAAGAAGGGGUCCGAAUGAUAUUUGCGACUCGUUGACUUUCAUAUAAUUACGAUUUUGCAGGAAUCGGUGAGUGGAACGUGAUAUAUCCUUAACGAAUAAGCGUACUGGUAGCUUGAAAUUGUAUUAGAACACGCGUCUUUGUAUAUACAUUCUUCGUGUCCUAGACGGACGAACUUUCGAUGUGUCUUUAUCGAGAUUUCAUAUUGGUACGCAACACGGCAUCGUGCUUUCCCGCGGAAAAUAGAAUCACCUCGAGAUCUUCUGGAUCCUAUCGUGAUCACGAGACAGCCUCAAGUGCCUAGUCCUUGCUGAGCUCGAAUCGACUGUACCGUGUUUCGCGCGAUCCGCGAACGGAUAAAUCGCGAAACGCAACGAGUGGUACGUUAAAAUAUCAUCGAGAGAGAGGGCGUUCGUCGAAGCUCUUGAACUGUUACUGUUCGUAGGUUGAUAGAUACGAAUAGAAAGAAUCAAAAUUCUAAUGUAUUCGCCGGAAUGAAAUUUUCCAGCCUACAAAUCGCGGAACACUCGUGCGUGGCGCGUGUUCUGUUCGCGGCGGAGCGUGGACGGUUCACCGCUGAAAGCAAACACGCGUACAGCAUACGGAUGUUUCCAUUACCUGGUUAGCAUAAUGUUCGCACGCGGUGACGCAUGCCGCGAGCGAAGAUUCUUGACCUAGAAUUACUUCUGGUGCCUUCUUAUAUACGAUAUGUGAUAUAAAGGGUAAGGAGUUACGUGGUCGUGAGUUAUACAUAUACAUAUAUAUCCGAAACGAUACAGGCAACCAAGCGACGUUGUAACAUGUAUAUAAUAUAAAAAAAGAAGAAGAUAGUCUUUAAGCGAUGAUACGUUGUAGGAAACACUCAUACAUACACACACAUACGCGCCCGCCAACAACCAUGACGCGAGCGCGUGAGACACGCAUCAAGAACCAUCAUUUACACGUACAUGCUCACUUAUACAACGAUUACUAUUUUUUACGUUUUUGUUCUAACCCCAGAGGCUCCAGUGAGCCUCUAUGACGCUUGUGAUCUUACUUACAUCCGUACGAACCUACCAAGGACUCUCGAAAGCCGAACAAGCCAGGGAAAUCGGAGAAAUUUCGAGCCUCCAUGGUGGUUCUACGAAAAAUUUUAUGCCUCGUUCGUUGUCCAAACUGUUUUCUUCUUGUUUCUCUCUAAUCACACAUUUUCUCGCGAAUACUUCCUGUCUUCUUCGUUGACGAUCGUCUCGCGACGAGCUCGACGGUCGAUCGCGACGAUGAAACCCGAGGACGGAGAGGACGCUACGAAGAAGACGAAAUUCGAUGUGGAGGAUCCUCCGGUUUUUUGAGCUCGGUAAUGAGAUAUUUACUAGCAGACUCAAAGAUACCGAGACGGAAUCCGUUUUCUGGCUCGCUCGAGCGAACGGUUCGCAACGUGAACGCGAAAAUUGAAAUAAUUCGAAUUCUCCGUAGAAUGUCUUACUGGGAAAACAUCUUGAAGCGAAGUAAAUUUGAAAAGAGAUCUGUCAAGUUCGAACCGUUUCGCAAGGAAGGAGGGUAAAAAAUGUAAAUUGUAGCGUAUUGUGAAAGACUGAGUACAGGGCAUAAAAUUUUGCAGCAACAUUAUAGUCAGUUUCUGUUCCUCGUUUGUUUCUCGAUUUGUUCGCAAGAUAUCGUACCGAUACGGGCGGUGAUACUGUAAUCUCAUCGCCUGCCUGACCGGAAACCAGCUACAUUUCGUAAUGUGCUUGCAAGCAGCGUUACAGCGUCGCGAGUCAUCGCGGUGGCUCGCGCCAGGAAAAGUGCAAAAAUGUACAUAAAAAAAAAAGAGAAAAGAAAAAAGCUUGAUCCGAAAUAGAAGUAGAAGAAGAAAAGAAGAAGAUGAAGAAGAAAAGAAGAAAAGAAGAAAUCAUGGUGCUCUGCAUAAUCUAUUUUUUACGAGAAGAAACGUUCCAUUAACGCGUAGUCUAUAUUUACUGUACGCUAAGGUCAUUAAAUAUUUAAUAGUGUCCCCCCACUGUGUACAUACUCUUUAAAAGCAUACAAUUUUAGUGUUAAUGUGAUGCGAGAAGGACCCGUUUAAACAGUUUACAAGCUGCAUAUACACUCAUACGCGCGUCACACAGGAACACACACACACACAUGUAAACGACGACGCUAGGUCAUCGUGUUAGUCUGACAAUAUUAUUGCAUAUUUCGAAUGUAUUGCGAAAUCAUUACAGUAACUACCUUUCCCAAACUCGCUUGCAAUAAAUAACACGUUGGAAAUUA